AUGGAUUUUAUUUGUAACGAGAGUUUUGAUGUGAACCAAUCGUUUGACUGCUGCCCACAGGAUAAUACUGCCGGUGUUAAUGACACUACCGGUGUCGUAGAGCCAGUGGCCGGCACUGUGCGUAAGGAACGGACACUAUUUAGUAGAGAACAGUUGGAGGCAUUGGAGGCACAGUUCUCGCAGCACCAGUACCUCACAAGACUCCGGCGCUACGAGAUUGCCGUCCAAUUGAAUCUCACGGAACGACAGGUCAAAGUUUGGUUUCAAAACCGAAGAAUGAAAGUCCGAAGACUUAAUGACGAGAAUUCAUCACAAAAAUAAUAAGUAACAACUAAAUGGCAUUUGCGUACCAUCUUGAACAUAUUAAUAACUAGUAAAUUAUUAUUCAUAUAAAUUGUAAAUUAUAAAA